GUCUUCAAGAACACGUGAAGAGGGAAAAAAGAGAGAGGGAUAAAAAGCGUGACAUUUUGUAUCUUUGUAACUUUUCCUUUCAACUUUCCAUGAGGACAAUGAAAAUCUCAAUAAAGGAUUAUUUUUCAGAAUUUCUCUUUGAAUAUGAGACUCCUCGUCAAGUUAUAGUCAAGAACAGCAGAGUUGCAGUUGUUUGUAGAAUCAUCCAGCUGGGCGUUCUAGCCUACAUCAUUGGGUGGGUGUUUAUAUAUGAGAAAGGUUACCAGACUAUGGAUACCGCCAUAGGCUCUGUCCUCACCAAGAUGAAGGGACUGGCCUACACAAAUAUCACUGGAAAAGAGAGAAUAUGGGAUGUAGCUGAUUAUGUUUUUCCUGAACAGGGUGAUUCAUCUUUUGUUGUGAUGACAAAUUACAUUUCAACUACACAGACACAGGGCAAGUGUCAUGAGAUCCCAGAUGGGAAGAACAAGUGUAAUUCGGACGCUGACUGUGAUGAGGGCACAUACAAACGUACGGGAAAUGGGCACAUGACGGGAAAGUGUGAGAACUCAACCAGUACUUGUGAGAUCUACUCCUGGUGUCCUGUUGAAGAUGAUCGUCAAAUACCAGACCCUCCAAUUCUGCAGGCAGCAGAAAACUACACACUAUUCAUCAAAAACUCCAUCACCUUUCGCCAGUUCAAUGUAGUCAGGAGUAACUUGGUAGAAAGUGUGAAUCAAAGUUACAUCAAUCGCUGUCUAUAUCACCCCAUGAAUGAUCCACUGUGUCCUAUCUUCAGAUUGGGAGACAUCGUUGAGCGCUCUGGUUUCAAUUUCUCAGAGAUAGCUCGCAUGGGUGGUGCUAUAGGAAUUCUCAUUGACUGGGAUUGCAAUCUGGAUCUGAGUAUCACAUACUGCAAACCAAAUUAUGAAUUUCAUGGCCUUUACGGAACUGGGAAAGAUGACAAAGAAAAUAAACCAUCACUUGGAUACAAUUUCAGAUAUGGCAAAUAUUUUGUGGAGGACAACGUGGAGAAGAGAACACUAAUGAAGGUGUUUGGCGUACGGAUAAACAUCAUUGUUUAUGGACGAGCAGGAAAAUUUGAUAUCAUUCCAGUGCUGAUGGCCAUAGGCUCAGGUGUAGGAAUAUUUGGAGUGGCAACAGUCAUCUGUGAUUUGCUCCUUCUAUAUUUACUUCCAAAGAGAGAUUACUACAAAAAUAUGAAAUUCAAGAAUACAGAAAUCCAGGAGGAGAAGCCAGAUUUGCCACCAUCACAGACAGAGAAAGAUCAACCAUAGGAUUGAAGGCAGGGUGGCUGCCAUGAACCUGUACUGGACUACUGCACUGGAAAAAAAAAUAUUUAUAUAUUGUCAACACUGGACCAUUAGCAAAAGGACCCGGGAGGCUUGGCACACACUCCAGAAAUACCAGACAUC